CCAAAUACUGUUGCUAUUUAAAAAAUUGCAGAGAAGUUUUAUUGCAUUUUCUUAUUCUCUAAAAUGAGUGAUAAACUCCAACAUAUUCGUGAAAAACAGAAACGCAGAAGACAACUUCUUGCAAAACAGUUGGGUGUCAACAGUGCUGAUAAACUUCACACCGUGCUAAGCAGUAAAGUUGAACAAGAGGAGAAAAAAAUCGAAACAAAAUCCAGAGAAGAAUCAUCUACAAAAUCUCAAGUUCUGACAAAAAAGCAGUCAAAAGAUGAUGCCUCUCGUUCCAAAAGCCUGGAUAAAGAGAAAGAAUCUGAAGAAGUUUUCAAGGAUUCCAGUACAUUUUUAAAGGGAACACAAAGUCUGAAUCCUCAUAAUGAUUAUUGCCAGAAUUUUGUUGAUACUGGGCAGAGACCUCAAAACUAUAUCAGAGAUGUUGGUCUGGCUGAUCGUUUUGAGGAAUAUCCUAAAUUGAAAGAUUUGAAUUUUUUGAAAGAUGAAUUGAUACGGAAAACAAACACUCCACCAAUGUAUCUCCGCUGCGACUUGGAAAAUUUUGAUCUUCGUGAAUUAGGCACAAAGUUUGAAGUUAUCCUUAUUCAACCUCCGCUGGAAGAAUAUAGAAAACAAGCUGGAAUGUCUUCAGAUAUGGGGAAGGCUUUCUCAUGGGAAGAUAUAAUGGCAAUGGAAAUAGAAGAAGUGGCCGCCCCAAGGUCUUUUGUAUUCCUUUGGUGUGGUUCAUCUGAUGGUCUUGAUCAUGGUAGGCAAUGCUUGAAAAAAUGGGGAUUUCGUCGUUGUGAAGAUAUUUGUUGGAUCAAAACCAAUUUCAAAAAAAGAGUUCCAAGGAAUGUUGAACAAGGUGCUCUGUUCUGCCGUUCGAAGGAACAUUGUUUGAUGGGGAUCAAAGGAACAGUAAGACGAAGUAUUGAUGGAGACUUCAUACAUGCUAAUGUUGAUAUUGACUUGAUAAUUGAUGAAGAACAGGAGUUGGGAAAUGAAGAAAAACCGGAAGAAAUAUUUCAUCUCAUUGAACAUUUCUGUCUCAGUAGAAGAAGAUUGCAUUUAUUUGGAAUAGAUUCUUCAAUUCGUCCUGGUUGGUUAACAGUGGGACCUGGUUUGACCAAUAGCAAUUUCAAUGCGGAAACUUAUCGUAAUUAUUUCAAAGUAACGGAAGACCAUCCACAUGGUUGUUUCACAGGUUGUACCGAAGAAAUUGAGAGACUACGGCCAAAGACCCCUCCACCUCGUGAUAAGGGGGAGAGAGGAGCACAUCAUGGCCCUGGUGGCCGCGGAUCACGUGGUGGAGGUCGAAGGGGUGAAUUACAUGGUCAGAGGUCCAGUCAUUUGGAUGGGUCACAUCACUCAACUGGAACUCUGCUGCCAUCAAUUGGCAGAAAUUUUGGGUCUGACCUUCCUGGACUAAACCCUUCAUCAAUUGGCCUAGGACAAAGUCCACCAUUUCGAGAUUCCGGUUUAGGGGUCGAUGGUAACAGACAAACUUAUCCACCUAAUAAAAUGAGAAAACGAAAUCUCAUGACACAGAGAGAUACCAAUCCAAGAGGUUUUCAUAACUCUGGCCGUGGCAAUUUUAGUAGGAGAUAGUAUCAAGAGAUGUGUUUUGUCCUAAAUGUUUAUAUCCUUUGUCUGAAUAGAAUAGGAUGGAAUUGGAGCAAUGAAGCCAUUGAAUGUUUUGAAAGCAAGCAUAUUUUUAAAAUUAAACGUUUUUGAUGCAUUUAUAUACCAUGUGAAAAACAUUGGCGAAUUAUAAGAUUUCUGGUAAUCUUAAGAAAUUCUUUUGUGGCAACAGUGAAUAAAGUCUUUCUGGUGUGAUUUCAAUGGCCAUGUCUAACUGAAAUUCAUUCUUUUCGUUUAGUUGUGUUGCUUUUACUUCUUGUGCUCCAUCGUUAUAUGCGGUUGCUUCAUAAUUGAUGGUAUGGUAGUAGCAUGUAUAUGUAUAUAUUGCCACACAAUCAGACAAGUUGUGUCGCAACUUGAUUGAAAACAACGAAAAGAAUCUUUAUGUAACUAUAGCACUGGCUAUUUGGACGCUUUACUUCGAAAUAUUAGAAGUUUUUUUUCACGUACAGAAAACAAUGCGAUUACACUCCCCUAAGUUUCACAAAGUGCUUUUUUCGAUAUUUACUUACACAUGAUGCGUAUAGUUUUCCUUGUUUGCACUCCAAGUUUUGACCCUAAGAAUCGAUUCCAAUGCACCGGAAUCGAUUCUGGAAUCGAAUCCGCCAUCCCUAGCCAUAAGUGAGUUUAUUGCGAAAUCGUGGCGUCCUUUCGUUGAGGGAAGUUUUAUUAAAGAGUGUAUGUUGAAGGCGUGUGAAAUAAUUUUUUAACAAUGAGAGUUAACAAAUCAUCCUUUCGCACACGACUAACGGAAGAAAGUUUGUAUGCUGUCUAAAGUCCAUCAAACCAACGCAAAAUAAGGCUAAACAUCGAGUCUCUCACCGCUACAAAACGGUGCCAAAUAACCAACACAAGUAAACGAAUAUAUUUCAUGUCUCGCUUAGUGUAAUAUUCAAGGGUAAUUUCAACAAACAUAUUCAGAUUUACUUUUUUGAUUUUUGUAUAACAAUUUUGUAUAUAAUUUGUUAGUUUGCGGCCCACAUCGUCAAUAAAUUUCAAAGAGUGG